GCAUUACAACAAAUUAUUAAUAAAACAUCCCAACCAACUUGUCCAUUAUGUCGAAAAAUAAUUGAUUUAAAUUCUGUAAUUAAUUUGCCACAGUCAGCAAUUUAUCAAGGAAUCCGUAAUCAUUUACCUGAAUAUAAUAAUGACGUUGUUCAAGUUCACAACAAAAAUAUUCCUGGUGAAAGUAGUGAUGAAGAAGAAAUUAAUAUCUCAAAACUUAAAUUUCAACAAAAAUUUAAGAUAUUGGAUUCAACAGCAAGAAAAUUUUUUAAGACACCCAAAUUCUUUCACCCAUCUUUAAGAAAAGCAAAUGCCGCAUAUAAAUCAGGAGAACUUGAAACGGCUAUUAAUGCACUUACAGAAAUUCUUGAAGAAUAUCCCACAAGUUAUUCAUUACAAUGUUAUCGGGCCAAAGUAUAUAUUGAAUGUAAUAAAUUUCGUGAAGCAAUUAAUGAUUUGGAUUCAGCUAUAAAACAGAAAUCAAAUAA